AUGGCAGACACACAAGCCUCAUUGCUUUUGAAGAGACAACUGAAAGAAUUAACCAAGUCACCUGUAGAAGGAUUCAGUGCUGGUCUCGAUGAUGAUAAUAUCUUUGAAUGGUCUGUGGUCAUACUAGGUCCUGAAGGAACAUUAUAUGAGGGGGGCUUCUUCAAAGCUAAACUCAGUUUCCCAGAGACCUAUCCACUCUUGCCACCAAAGAUGAAAUUUAUAAGCGAAAUGUAUCAUCCAAAUGUAUUUCCGGAUGGUGAAGUGUGUAUAAGCAUAUUACAUCCACCAGGCGACGACAAAUACGGCUACGAAAACGCUAGCGAGAGGUGGCUGCCAGUUCAUACAGUCGAAACCAUUGUAGUGAGUGUCAUUUCCAUGCUAUCAAGUCCAAAUGAUGAAUCUCCUGCAAACAUCGAUGCUGCCAAGUUGUGGAGAGAUGAUUUUCCGGCGUUUAAGAAGAAGGUUAGGCUUACUGUUAGGUGA